GCAACAUUUGGCUGAAUGGAGCCUCUUCCCUCCCCAUUGUGGCCUUUCAGACCCCCUUUUCAGGAUGCACUUACAUCAUCAAGUCAACAGUCCGACGGGCUGAGCAGCUGCAGCUUCAUUCGCCGGCGGCCUGCGACACGAGUGAAAAUGCAAAGUCUCCGCCCCACUCUCUUGGUCCUGCUGCUGUGGUGCUGCCUUCUCGGGGGUCGAGCCAACCGCGUCUACAUCCACCCCUUCCACCUCUUCGCCGCCGACAACGUCAGCUGCGAGACGCUGCAGACCCAAGCGACAGAGUCCCUGCGUACACUUCCCGUGGAGCGCCUGGACAUGGAGGUCCUGACGCCCGACGCCCGGGAUCCGUCGGAGCAGGAUGCACAGAAGCAGAACGUCACGCAGAGGACAGUGGUGCUGGCCGAGCUGCUCAACUCGUUGGGCUUAAGGAUGUACCAGGCACUAAGCAAGAAGCAGCCGGGCACUAACACGCUGCUGUCACCCGUUAACACCUACGGGUCCCUGGCCACCUUCUACCUGGGGGCCUCCAAGAAGACGGCUAGUUCCUACCAGCUUCUCCUGGGCCUGAGCAGCGGCACCGACCGAGACGACUGCGUGUCCCUGGUGGACGGACACAAGGUCUUGAAGACCCUGCACAGCAUCAACUCCCUGGUGGACGAUGGACACAAAGACGAGAUCAGAACACAAGUGUGGCUCUUCACCCACCCGCACGUUCACCUGUCGGCUGAUGUCGUCCAAGGCACUCGGGACUUCUCGGACUCGUCCUUCAUCCGCGGCGUGGACUUCUCCCAGCCCGAGCUGUUGAACACUUUUGUGGACAAGACGUCCGACGGAAAAGUAAAGGACGCCUUCAGAGAUGUGGAUGUCAACUCCAACCUCCUCUUUUUUUCUUUCUUCAACUUCCAAGGCAACUGGAAGACAGCCUUCCAACCAGACAAGACGGCCUUGCAAGAGUUUUAUGUGAACGAAAGCACAACAGUGAUGACUCCUAUGAUGACCCGCACAGCCCUGUACAGCUACUUCAAUGAUAUGGACAGGAAUUGCACGGUGGUGAAGCUGUCUAUAAGUAAGCGCUCCUACAUGUUGCUGGUGUUGCCACAAGAGGGCGCCAGCCUACACGACAUUGAAGCCAAACUACUCACUGAAGUCAUGUCGUCAUGGAGCCACAGCCUCCAGGAGGGAUUGCUGGAGCUGUCGCUGCCAAAGUUCUCGCUGUCUUCUGCGAACGACCUGCAUGAGCUUUUACAUAACAUAAAAGUGGAGGCCGAACUGCUAGGCUCACAGGCACAAUUCAGCCAACUGGCCAACACCAAACAGUUCACCAUUGAUAAGGCGGUGAACAAGGUGUCAUUGGAGAUGUUGGAGGAAGACGUGGUGUCCCAGGACAAGGCGGAGGAGGCGGGGGGCGUCGCCGUCAAGGUGGCUCUCAAUCGGCCCUUCUUCUUCUCGGUGGUGGAGCGAGAGUCCAACGCCAUCCUCAUGUUGGGCAAAAUCAUUAACCCCACACUGUAAAAGUACCAAACUUACUACAUCAGCAGCUGUCAAAAAUGUGACUUUGAAAAGUGAAAAUGUAACUUUUACCCCUCACUUUUCAUCUCAUCUCCUAAUCUUUGUCUUAUAACAGCAAAUUGCUGUACAGUAUUUUGCAGUAGAGUUGUUCGUCUUGUAUAUUCUAACUAAAGACUUUAUUUUUGUUUGAUGGAUGAAUAAAAUGUUUGCUCCCCAAGUCUU